GAACAGAAACUGGUGCUCUGUGGGUUAUUGCUGGUGAGGCAGGAUUUAUUUUAUUGUGUGUUUCACGCAACAACAAAAAAAAAAUCUACAAUGGACUGUUUAGACGUACCGAGGAUUUUGCCAAACUCUCCAAGCAAAAUACGGGGUCAGAUUCAGGUUAUUUUUGGACCAAUGUUCUCAGGGAAAAGUACUGAGCUGAUGAGGAGAGUCCGUCGCUUUCAGGUUGCCCAGUACAACUGCUUAGUGAUCAAAUAUGCCAGAGACACUCGUUACUCUGACACGGGCAUGGCCACACACGACAAAAAUACAAUGGAAGCCGUGCCAGCGAACUGUCUGAGAGAUGUCUAUUCUCGUGCCCUACAGGCCUGCGUCAUCGGCAUUGAUGAAGGCCAGUUUUUCCCAGACACUGUUGAAUUCUGUGAGGCCAUGGCAAACAUGGGGAAGACGAUUAUUGUCGCAGCACUUGAUGGCACAUUUCAGAGGAAGCCCUUUGGCAACAUACUGAAUCUGGUCCCUUUGGCUGAAAGUGUGGUGAAGCUGAACGCAGUCUGUAUGCAGUGCUUUAAAGAGGCGUCCUACACUAAGAGACUUGGAGCAGAGCAAGAGGUGGAGGUGAUUGGAGGAGCUGAUAAAUACCAAGCAGUGUGCAGGGUGUGUUAUGGAGGCCUGAUGGCGAAUAAAGAGAACUGGGCACCCCAGAGGGAUGAGACGCCCCCUCACGUUCUAAAAGGGAAGCAGGUGGACCACAGUGCAUCACGCAAGCUUUUCGCUUCCCUUCAUCUAUGAACACUGCUGUACAUUAGAGCCUUAACUAAUUUAAACAAUAAACCAGUCGCUGCAACAACUAUAUACCUUAGGGUUGAGCAGAGUGUGCUCAGUUUACUGUGUGUGUGUGUACUGAGAGCUAUAGAGGAAUUAAAUAUCUUAAAAAUGUGUCCCUUUAUAUUCUAUAACUGUUUUAAUAAAAUGUCUUUGGAUUUGA